GCUGCUGGCUUUCUCUCGGCCGCGCCAGUUGUAGCAGGGGCGGCUGUGGCGGCGCCGGGAGACGCCGGGGCGAAAGGGGUCGCAAGCCGAGAACGCCGGUCGCUGGACGCGGUCAUUAGCUGGAGGCGGAAAGAAAAAUUCAUUUUGUGACUGAAGAAAAAUCCCAUUGAAUACAAUGGCCCUGAUGCUGCUCAAUCGGCACACAGCAUGGGCACUGCAACAGACUUCCAGGAUAUUUGCAGGAGGAUUCCGAGGAAUUAGCCAAGUGGCAGCUAAAAUAGACAUGGAAUUUGACUAUGAUGGACCACUGAUGAAGACUGAAGUCCCUGGGCCGAGAUCCAGGGAACUAAUGAAACAGUUGAAUGGGAUUCAGAAUGCAGAGGCAGUCCACUUUUUCUGCAACUACGAAGAAAGCCGAGGAAAUUAUCUUGUGGAUGCUGAUGGGAACCGGAUGUUGGAUCUCUACUCUCAGAUUUCAUCCAUCCCAAUUGGCUACAGCCACCCAUCUCUGAUCAAACUUUUACAACAGCCCCAGAAUCUGAGCACUUUUGUCAACAGACCUGCCCUAGGAAUUUUGCCUCCAGAAAAUUUUGCUGAAAAGCUAAAGGAAUCUUUGCUUUCGGUUGCUCCUAAAGGCCUCUCUCAAGUAGUAACUAUGUCCUGUGGAUCUUGCUCCAAUGAAAACGCUUUUAAAACUAUAUUUAUGUGGUACAGGAACAAAGAAAGGGGAGACAACAGAGUUACCAAAGAAGAGUUGGAAACCUGCAUGAUUAACCAGCCCCCGGGUUGCCCGGAAUACAGCAUGCUUUCCUUUAUGGGUGCAUUUCACGGGAGAACCAUGGGCUGCUUGGCCACUACGCACUCCAAGGCCAUUCACAAGCUGGACAUCCCAUCCUUUGACUGGCCCAUCGCUCCCUUCCCAAGGCUGCAGUACCCUUUGGAAGACUUUGUGCGAGAGAACGAGCAGGAGGAAGCACGCUGCUUAGAGGAGGUGGAGGAUUUGAUUGUUAAAUACAGGAAAAAGAAUAAAGUUGUUGCAGGAAUCAUUGUGGAACCCAUUCAGUCCGAAGGGGGGGACAAUCACGCAUCGGAUGACUUUUUUAGGAAAUUGAGAAACAUUGCAAGAAAGCAUGGCUGCGGUUUCUUGCUAGACGAGGUACAAACGGGAGGUGGCUGUACUGGCAAAUUCUGGGCCCAUGAACACUGGGGGCUCGAAGAUCCAGCGGACGUCCUGACUUUCAGCAAGAAGAUGAUGACCGGAGGAUUUUUCCACAAGGAGGAAUUCCGGGCAAAUGCACCAUAUAGGAUUUUUAACACGUGGCUUGGAGAGCCUUCCAAGAAUCUUCUGCUAGCAGAGGUCAUCAGUGUCAUAAAAAGGGAAGACCUUCUAAGCAACGUCACCCAUGCCGGGAAGGUCCUGUUGAUGGGGCUGCUGGAAUUACAGAGUCGCUAUCCCCAUCUGAUCAGCCGAGCCCGGGGACGAGGGACGUUCUGCUCUUUUGACACUCCAAAUGACGCAAUCAGGAACAAGCUCAUUGAAAUAGCGAGAAACAAAGGUGUGGUAUUAGGCGGCAGUGGGGACCGAUCGAUCCGUUUCCGACCCACUCUGGUCUUCCGAGACCACCACGCACAUCUUUUCCUGAACAUCUUCAGCGAUAUUCUGGCAGCUUUCAAGUAGCCAGGAUCCCAUCUUGCACCAAGAGGCCAAAUAUCUUCUCAGAAUUGGAGAAUAGUUUAUUUAAGAUCAUAAAUAUAUAUGUAUAUACAUAUAAUAUAUAUUUUCACUAAUAGGAAAGAUGGAAUUCAUAAAGUGCUUUUUAAAAAAAAAUAUUGGUUUGAUCAUGCUCACCUCCAACACAAACUGCUUCUGGCUAAAAAAGAAAAAAAAUGUGGACACGCUUUUGAUUUCUUCAGCCGUCUCCUUUGGCCUAGCAAAGGCUAAGAGUGAUCGGUUUCAAGUUUCAAAUCUUGGCCUGGAAUUUGAGUCCCUGGGUAUGUUUUCUUGCAACUGGUUUGUAAACACUCGAGUCUGAAAAAAUGCACUUCUACUGCUACGGAUCCAUAGCACUGUUGAACAGAGAAUGAUGGUGGACUUCCAAGGAGAAAGCAGCUGUUGGAUACACCCAUGUGCGUCUCCGGAGUCCCAAUGCAAAGUGUGGUCUCUUCUGAAGCACACAUGGAAACUUAAAAGGCAAAAUCCCUCCACGUCUUCACGUCUGCUAACACCAGACUGUUAUUUGCACCGCCUCUGAGGGGCUACGGGCCUCUUCCAAAAGGUGGUUAUGGAUCUUGGAAGACUAACACCGUCUGUUCCAAGCCUUGAUCCUCAUCUCUUUUAACAGAGGAGUUCCUUGUGUGGAUUUGGGACUUUGCAGGUGCCAACUUCCUUCCCUGCUUCGGUGCUUGUAAACCUAUUUCUGCCAUUGCUUUUAUUUUACUUUUUUUUUGGCCAUUUUCACUAGGAGACAUGCCGAUGGAACUUCCUUUGGCGACCAAACAGGUUUUUUUAAAAACAAAUCCAGGUAUUUGGAAGGACUCUGGCAGAAAGAGGGUAGAAUUUUUGCAAUGGGGGGGGGGUGUCAAAUGGAGUCAGCAAAAUUAGUAAACCCAUCAUCAUCUAUAGCUGUGGUGCACCGUCCAGGGCUUCGUAAUGGCACCCAGCCCUCCCCAUCCGUGCCUGCAGCCUCCAGAACCCCCCAAAAGCUGUUGUCUUACUGCAUUUUUU